AUGGUCGCGGAAUCCUCGCCUCCCACAGAAGUUCUCCCGCAUUCUUUUGAUUCUCUCGCCUUGAGUAGCAGUGCGCUCACUCGCUCCGUUCGGAGCGAGAACACGACAGGAGGCGAUGCAGGGCGAGGGAGCGUUGUGGGGUCGGGGGUGCCGGUGGAGGUGCUGUCGUCGGUGCUGGAGAUGCUGCCGUCCCUCGACGACCUCGCCACCGCCGCGAGGGUUAAUAGUUCUUUCGCGCGCUGUUCCGCUCUGACCAGUGUCCCCGCGUUCGUGUUCUCUCCGCAGGGCAUGGCGCAUCUCCGCGCUCUCCCCCUCGCAGCUGCGCGCGUGCGCGAUCGACGACGACUGCCCCACGGCGCCCUCCGCGCACAGCCGCGUGCUCGCGCACUCCCGCGCGCCUAUGCCGCCCAAACCGCCUCCCCCGGAGCUCUGGCUCAACCCCACCGCCUUCUCCCCUUUCCUCCACUGCGCACGCCGGAAAGCCUCCACCGGGCUAGAAACACCAUCUGCCCAAACCCCUUGAGAGCAUUGGCGGCCGCGGGUGACCCGGGGAAUACCUCCCUCUCUAGCCGCACCAGUGGCGCUGCGCCCGCGACGCCCGAAGCCGCGAUUACCAGCAGGCGGGGGGACGGCGCGGAGGGGCGCAACUGGGGGAGAGGAGGAGCGUGGUCGUCGCCGCGCACGCCAUCGCCGGUUGCGGCGAGGGAGGGCGAGCUCAUUGCGCGGGUUCUGCGCGCGUGUCCGCACUUGCAGGCGCUCCGCGUGCAGCACGUGUGCAUGGGCGCAACUUUCAACGGCUCCCCGCCCCCCUUCCACAGCCUCCUCUCCCCCACCUCCCCCUACCACCUCCCCUUCUCCACCUCCCCCUCCUUUCUCUUCUUUGGGCAGUCGGUGAAGGCAGACGCCUUGUGGAGCACGCACUCCUGCUUCACCCACCAGGCCAUGACAGCGCUGGCAUCAGCAGGCCCGGCACCGCUCACAGCACUGUCGCUCAGCCCCAGUGCCCUCUCACCCGCCUCCUUCCACACCCUCGCCUCCGCCUUCCCCCGCCUCAUGGUCAUGCACUGUCCACCAUGCUCCCCCCUUCCACUCCCCUCCCGUCAUUCCCCUACCAUCACCCCCUGUCAUUCCCCUCCCUCCCAUCACCCCUCGCCCACCAUGCCCGUCCCUCAGGCACUGGACCUGCAGGGACUGCACAACGAGCCCAUGCACCUCGCCCACGCCCUGCCACUCCAGGUACCAACACCCCUCCCACCACACCACCUUGUGCCUGCCUCGCCUUAA